UUUCUGUUAACUAAAUAAUCAGUUUCAUGUCUAACUGCAUAGCUCUUCCAGUUUAUACUCCUAGAUUUGAGACUGCUGCGUGACUUACUCUGUAACAGACUUUUAACUCAGUGUUAGAUAUUAGACACGGAAAACUACCCUUCAGAAAACAGCUAAAGAGUUAAAGGAGGAGUUGGGGGGGGUCAGCAGGAGUGCAGAGUCCGCUCAGAAAGAAGCUUAAACAAAGGUCGCAGCAGGAAGAUAAGAAGACGUAUAAAAAGUAAGUAAGAGGCUAAAAGCAAGGAAAAUAAAUGGAGACAAACAAGACAGAAGACUGUUUUAGAGGUUAAAGAGAGAGAAGAAAAAAAUAACUACGAUCAUGACAUACCGGCUGUUUGAGGGGAAGGAUCAUGCCUCAAUCUACCACAAGUAUCGCCUUACACCUCCAGAAGAGCUCAAGAACAUUAUUCUUCAAUAUGUAGAUAAAAAGAAGGGACGACCGCAUGUGCUGGCAGUGGAUCUGGGAUGUGGGACAGGUCAGAAUUCCCAGGUACUGGCACCACACUUCCAGGAAGUGGUGGGUAUCGACAUCAGCGAGUGUCAACUGGCAGAGGCUAGAGCUGUACCAGGGUACCCUAACAUCACAUACAGAAAGGGAACAGCAGAGGACCUUCCUUUUCCAGAUGGCUCUGUCGACUUGCUGACAGCAGCAUCAGCGGCCCACUGGUUUGAUCAGUCAAGGUUCCUGACUGAGGCCAGUCGGGUUUUAAAACCCCGGGGUUGCAUGGCUCUCCUGGGCUACAGUGACACUAACCUAAGAUUUCACUACCAGGACUGUGGAGAAAGACUCAGUCACAUCUUUCAAGAGGUAAGGCAGAUACUGUUGCCUUACACUAGCAGUCCGGUAGCUGCAGCCAAUGGUAAGCUGGAAGAGCUCUAUUCAGCCAUACCUUUUCCAGAUAAAGAGAGGAUUGAGUGUAUUCGGGUGAACUUGUCAGUCUCGGUGAGGAAUCUGGUGGGUUUCAUCGAGUCCUGGUCCAUGUUCCAAGUUUACAAAGUGAGAGAUCCCCAGGCUGCUGAAGAUCUGCUGCUCACCACUCAGAAGAGGUUUCUAGAAGAGAUGGGAGUCACGUCUCCUGACAUUGAAAUAAAACAGCACCUGGAAUAUUUUUGUGUCUUGGCAUCAAAACCACAAUAAUCUACAAUGUGGCAUUGGAUGUGUAACUCUUGGAACUUCUUGACUAAUAGCUCUGUCCAGUCUGGAGCAGCUGACCCCCUGCAGCCUUAUGCACACUGAGAGGUUACAUAACUAGAAAUUCUUUUGAAACAUAACAUGCCCACUUUUUUAUUCCUUGUAAACCGAUGUAUACGGUUGAAAAUUAAACUUCAGCUAGCAAUUAGAGGUAUUUUUCUGACACUGUUAUAGUGUUAAAGUAAAACAGCAAGACUUUAAAGACUAUACAAUGUGUAAUAGUGGAGAUUAAUAAUCAAGAAUUUUUUCUACAAAUCAAGUUUCAUUUAUUAAAAAUAACACACACUCUUGUUCAACAAAAUCAGGGUUGUUUUUGUUUGUUUGUUUUUGCUAUAGCCAUACUUGGUCUGGUAUGACCAGUAGCUUAGGUGCUAGUGUUGUGAAACACUUAAUGUUAAACUAUGUUUGAGCAACAAUUUCAUGGUUUUAUCAAAAAAAUGAAACAAGAUUCUGGCACAGGAGACAUUGACCUGACUUGACUUUGAAAACUUUGACAUACUGUACAUACAGAUGAGCAAUAAAGCCUUUGUUUCAAUGUCUUUGUGGUUACUGCCCUUUACACCAGAAAAUAAGACUAAAGUCUGGGUGUCACAUUUGUAUAACUUGAUAACUGACAAUGAGUAACUAACAACCCUUGGUUAAAAAGUACCAAGAGAUUGUAAAAUACAAGCAAGAUACAAGUGAAUAUUUUCAGACUGAGUAGCAUUGCACACACUACACAUACCAUUUGUACUUUACCCACAUCAUCUACAGAGGU